AUGGCUGAUAAAAAAAUAUCAGAUUAUCUAAUAUACAGAACAGUUAUUAAAAAAUUAGUUAUUUCAGUCGGUUUAUGGCCUUUAGAUAAACCAAAUACAUUUUACAACCUUAUCCCAUAUAUUCAAAUAAUUAUUAAUGUAUUUAUGUGUUUCGGUAUGAUUGGUUACGUACGUGCUAAUUUCACUAAUAUCGCACUUGUCACAAGAGGAUUAAGUAUAAUGACUAGUUUUUUAUCAACAAUCGUUAAGGUUGGAUCAUUUGUUAUGAAUCGUAAAGACGCAAUAGAUCUACACAAUACUCUUGACUUGUAUUUCAAUAAAAUGCUGAACAGUAAACAGUUACCAUGGGUUAUUUUAAAUAAUAUUACAACUGUUCGUCCUUUGACGUGGACAUUUCUUAUCUUAGUUUCAAUAUCAUGUGGAGUGCGUAUUAUUGAUCCAUUUUCAUCAGUCAUUAGCCAAUUGUCGCACAAAAUAAGUCCUAUUAAGUAUCCACUUUUGUAUCCAAGUGUAUUUCCUUGGUCACUAGUACCAGGUGACACAUUGUACAACUGUGAAUUUGUCAUUGAAUUGUUAGCAACAAUGACACUGUGGUUAAUUACAAUGAGUGUCGAUUGCCUAUUCACGUUUUAUGUAUUCCAAAUGAUUGGACAGUUACGAGAAAUUGCUGAUUGCUUUGAUAACUUAGAUGGCGACGAUGAUUAUGAUUGUCGAAAUAUAGUGCGUAAAUGUGUUAAUCAAUAUCAGACGAUAAUAAAAUGUCGUGAUUUAUUGCAAAAAAUUUAUGGACCCAUUAUUUUAUGGAUUAUGGUUACUAAUGCUAUUAUACUUUGUACAGUAGCAUUCUCAGCUACCAAGAUGGAUAGUAUACCGAUUGGAAAAGGAUUAAUAUUAUUGUCUUAUAUUUUAUUAAAAUUAGUUCAGACGUUUAUGUACGCAUGGAGUGGUUCACUUUUAAUGGCGGAGUCUGAAGAAUGUAGAGAAGCUAUAUAUGCUGCAAAAUGGUUUGGAAAUAAACGUCUUAUGACUGCUAUUAUUAUAAUACUUUCUCAAAAACCACUGAGUUUGACAGCUUGUAAUUUUUCUGUCGUAUCUGUUGAUAUUUUUCAAGCGGUUGUUAACACUACGGUAUCCUACUUUUUUCUGCUACAGACAAUCGAACCCGAUUCAUAA